UACAUAGAUAUACACUCUUACUCUCCUCCAGGCUCACGGCACUGGUAUAGAUCAUACCCAUUCCUCCCUCUACCUCACCACCACCACCACCUCACCGCCGCCAUGCCUUUCAACACCGCCCUCACCCGCAAGCUCGGCAUCAGAGUCCCCGUCGUCCAAGGCGGCAUGCAAUGGGUCGGCUACGCUGAAAUGGCCGCUGCCGUCUCCAACGCCGGCGGCCUCGGAAUCAUCACUGCCCUCACCCAACCCACCCCCGAAGACCUCCGCAAGGAAAUCCGCAAAUGUAAAUCCAUGACCGACAAGCCCUUCGGCGUGAACCUCACUCUCCUCCCUUCCAUGCAACCUCCGGACUACCCAGGCUACGCACAAGCCAUUAUCGACGAGGGCAUCCGAAUCGUCGAGACAGCCGGCAACUCUCCCGGACCCAUCAUCAAGCAGCUCAAGUCCGCCGACCCACCUUGCGUGAUCCUGCACAAGUGUACAUCCAUCCGCCAUGCUUUGUCCGCGGUGAAGCUGGGCGUCGACUUCCUUUCCAUCGACGGCUUCGAAUGCGCCGGCCACGUCGGUGAAACGGACAUUACCAACCUGAUUCUCCUCUCCCGCUCCCGCCAGGUGAUGCCCAUUCCCUUCAUCGCGUCGGGAGGUUUCUGCGACGGCUACGGACUCGCGGCUGCAUUGAACCUGGGAGCUGAGGGAAUCAACAUGGGAACAAGGUUCAUGUGCACGAUCGAAGCGCCCAUCCACCACAACAUCAAGGUGGCCAUUACCAAGGCUCAGGAGACGGAUACACAGUUGGUAUUGAGGAAGUGGAGGAAUACAUCGAGAUUGUUCAAGAACAAGGUCUCUAGCGAGGCGUACAAGAUUGAGAACUCUCCCGAGACGAAGGACUUUGAGGCGGUGGGACCAUAUGUGAGCGGGAAGAGAGGUCGUCAAGUGUUUUUGAACGGAGAUCCAGACUACGGCGUCUGGACCGCUGGUCAGGUCGUCGGUCUCAUCCAGGACAUCCCCACGUGUGCGGACCUUGUCAACCGCAUUGAGGCGGAGGCGAUCGAGAGCCUGCAAAAGACGACAAGUUUGAUCGUCGACAAGCAGCCACCACCAGACAUUCAGGGCAAGCCCGCGAGCGAGAUCCAGGCGAAGUUGUAG